AUGUCCACUCAACAAGAUGAGGCUCAUCUUGCUGAUUUGAAGAAGAAGAGAACUUUCCGUAAGUUCACCUACCGUGGUGUUGAUCUCGAUCAACUCCUCGACAUGUCCAGAGAACAAUUCGCUAAGCUCUUGCCAUGCCGCAUGCGUAGACGUCUUGCUCGUGGACUUAAGAGAAAGCACUUGGGUCUCCUCAACCGUCUCCAAAAGUCCAAGAAGGCUGCUUCCGUCCUCGAGAAGCCAGCUUGCGUUAAGACUCAUCUCCGUGACAUGAUCAUCCUCCCAGAAAUGGUCGGAGCUGUCGUCGGAAUUUACAACGGAAAGGUUUUCAAUCAGACUGAGAUCAAGCCUGAGAUGAUUGGAUACUAUUUGGGAGAGUUCGCUAUUACCUACAAGCCAGUCAAGCACGGUAGACCCGGUAUCGGAGCUACCCACUCUUCCAGAUUUAUUCCUCUUAAGUAA